AGGUGGGGGGUACUACAAGACGGGGAGGAAUCAUCUCAUUCUCUGCUUUUAGGCAAGCCACUGCUGCUUUCUGCACUCAGAUGUAACAGGAUAAGAUGCUGAAGUUCUUCUCUGCCCGGGAUGACGAAAAUGAAAGCCUUUUAGGAGAAGUAACGGAGGAUGAAGGAGAUAGCCCAUCUGUUCAGGACUCCAAGCAGCAGUGGCUGAACAGACCCUCCCUACUGGUCCUGAAAGAUGGGGACAUGACCAAACCUGGACUUGGUUCCAGUCAACUCCGACCACCAUCUCCCUCCAAAGCCUCUUCAGAUGCAACAAUCAGAAGGCAAUGUGGGCAAAAACCAUUGGAGCAUCCAAACAAAGCAGCUUCACAGUCCCUGCUGGAAGAGGGCAGCUGCACUGUGACCACCAUCUCCACAUGGGGUGCCAGCGACCCCUCCAGCAACCUGGUCUUGAGCCCUGCCGAGGCUGCUUGGCCAGAGGAGGAGGAUCAAGUGGAAGGCAUUCUGCCUCAAGUUCUCCCAUCAAAAGAGGAGUCUGUGAUUGAGGAGAAGGAAAGGGAAGAAAGUGGGUUGGACCAACAAGAGCUUUUCUGCAGCCCAGAUGAAGCUGCAACAUCCUCCACUGUUUCACAGGAGAAUUCUUGUAUUAAGACCAAGGAGUUUAUGAAAGUCAAAUCUAAAGGAGGAGAUGAGACAAGAGGCAGCAAGACCCAAGCAGCCAGUGGGGAAGAAGCAAAGGGGAAGAAUGCUGAUCCUCCAAUGGAUCCUGAUAAUGAAUCCCAGAUGAGACCCUCUGGAAUUCUGUCCAAGGAUCAGGGCGACAUCCUGGGGGAGGUUGCUCCAGUAUGGGUUCCUGAUGCUGAAGCUCAGGUCUGCAUGAAGUGUGGGACCAAGUUUACAUUUACCAAGAGGAGGCAUCACUGCCGUGCAUGUGGGAAGGUUUUUUGUGCACUUUGCACCAAUCUGAAGUUUAGGCUAACACAUCUGGAUGGUAAGGAAGGGCGAGUUUGUGUAUCCUGCCAUUCAACCCUCAUCAAGAGAACUCCACCAAGAGGGAAUAGGAGGGUGUGGUUUGGAGAUGAAAUCCUCAGUGGUCAGCGGUCCGAGUCAGCUCCAACCACACCAGUGAGAGGACUUACCUUCUCACCUCUGAUGAGCCGAGCGAUGGGCGAGACAGCUAGAAGUCCUGCUGGUUCACCACAGAUCAGGAGAACCUUAAAACCACAUAGGGCAACAAUUAAUGAAGCCUGUGGUCCUCUUGGCUGGGGGCCCACAACCUUAGUGAGCAGCUCUGCCAACCUCAUCCCCUUAGAUGGUCUGCCACCCAUCCUCACCUCUACUGGAGUCAAAGGAGACUACUCUGUGGAGGAGAAGCCAUCAGAGAUGCUGCUCUUUCAGGAGCUAGAAAGCGUUCGACCCAAGCCACUGGUGUUUGUUCUCAAUGCAAACCUGCUUGCUAUGGUCAAGCUUGUUAAUUAUGUUAACAGGAAGUGCUGGUGUGUGACAACAAAGGGGAUGCAUGCUGUGGGCCAGGUAGAGGUGGUGGUGCUCCUUCAGUGUCUGCCUGAGGAAAAAACUUUCCCCAAAGACAUUUUUUGUCAUUUCAUCCAGCUCUACAGGGACACUGUGACUGGGAAGGUUGUAAGACACCUGUCGCUCUUCCUAUUUGGCAGCAGAUUUUUGGACAGCGAGGAGCAUGCAGGCUUCCUGUACGUUCGAUCCACUCUCCAGUCCGUUCAGGGCCUACCUCUGCCCAACCAGCCCUACCUCUUCGGCCUGUUGGUCCAUAGAGCAGAGGUUCCCUGGGCUAAAGCCUUCCCCUUGCGCCUAAUGCUGAGACUGGGGGCAGAGUAUAGAUUUUACCCUUGUCCUCUGUACAGCGUGCGGUUCAGGAAGCCCCUGUUUGGGGAAAUAGGUCACACCAUAAUGAGACUGUUAGUCGACUUUAGGAAUUACCGUUAUAGCCUACCAUUAGUACCGGGGCUCACUGUGGAUCUAGAGGCUCAGAAGACUCUCAUAAAUAUACCUACUACUGGGUAUAAUGAGUUAAUGAAGGCCAUUAAUAAGUCCAAAGAGCAUGUGCUGGCAAUAGGGGCGUCCUUCAACGAGACCGCAGACUCCCACCUCAUCUGUGUGCAGACAGAGGACGGCCAGUACCAAACCCAGGCCAUCAGCAUCCACAAUCAGCCUCGCAAAGUCACUGGAUCAUGCUUUUUUAUAUUUAGCAGUGCCCUGAAAGCCUCUGCAGGCUGCCUGGCCAAGUCCAGCAUCGUAGAGGAUGGGCUUAUGGUGCAGGUCACCGUGGAGACCAUGGUGGAGCUCCGCCGGUCACUCCGGGAGAUGAAAGACUACACGGUCACAUGUGGACGGCUCGACCAACCAGAGAGCCGGGAGCUUGUUUGUUUACAGUGGGUGGAGGAGAAGUGCACUGUGAAUAGAGGGGUGAUAAGCCCCAUCGAUGAGAAAUCCAUGGAGUCCAUCAGCAGCACGAAGAUGUUCCAAAAGUCAGAACACAAAGAAAAUGGGAAGAUCAUCCGCUGGACAGAAGUGUUCUUCCUGGUGAGAGGCCACGAUCCCAAGAGAGGAGUGACUAACUCCGCCGAGCAGAGCCGGCUCACGGAGCGCAUUGCCCGGGCAUUUUGCCUGGCCCUGUGUCCUCACCUAAAGCUACUAAAGGAGGACGGCAUGGCCAAACUGGGGCUCCGGGUCACUUUUGACUCUCAUGAGGUGGGAUUUGUGGCUGGGAGCAAUGGGCAGCCUCUCCCUGCUCAGUACCUCAAUGCUCUGGAUAGCGUGCUGAUCCCAGUCAUUCACAGCAGGGGCCACAAGAGAGGCGAAAAGCCUUUGGUGAUGGAGCUCAUCUUUUACAUCCUGGAAGACAUCACUUAAAGCAUAUGUGCUCUCUAAUACCCACCCACUCAUUUAUCUUCUAACUCAGACCACAGCUCCAUCUCUCUAUUAUGAGCAUUAAUUUCCAUCAAAGACCAAACCCGGAUCUCAUCCAGAGCUGGCAACCAUUUCAGCUAUUCAUCAUAAAAUCUAAGUGUUCUGACUCUUGGCUGAUAUGAUCUUACCCGCUUACAAAAAACACAGAACUGCAUGAUGGACCAUGAGAAUAAAGUGCAGCUGCUGCACUGUAGUUGGACCUCAUUAGCUUAUUAUUUUGACCUUAUAUCUAUGCUAGGCAGCAACAUCUCUUUUUAUGGAGACCUUCAAAGUGGAACCUGGAUUCAACCCCCUUAACCUUAAAAUGAUGACUGUAAGACAUUUACGUAGAAGAUAUGUAGCAGUUUUACACACACAGAAUGACUGUUUUCUUGCUGCUUGGGUUUUAAUUAACUAUUCAAAAAGAGUAAUGUCUGCUUGAAAAUAAAUCUGGAACAUCAA